GCAGAUAAUCACCCCCGCGUGCGCGGAAAUGAAGGAUGAGCUGGAGCGCAUGUUUGGCGCCUACAACCUGGCAAAAUCCCUGGAACUUAGCUUGUACUCACUUGUUGCGCAUUCGAAAGGUGGCGAAAUUCUCGGGUUUAUGGUGCUCCACAAUGUGCCAUCUAUUCCGGGACACAUUCUUCCUGAGGAUCUUCAUUCGAUGGAUGUAUGGUUGCAAAGUGAGACAGUUGACAAUGGCUACGCGCCCCUCAGUAUUUUGUGGUUGGAAUUCUUUUGGAUCAAAAGUAGCACAACCAUGCUGGAGAUACUGUCAAAGGCACUUCUUUGCACUGCUCUGGCUUUGUCACCAGAGACACACUUCAUCUUUUAUGCAGGACCUCUUUCAACAACUGACCUUUCUGGACCACUGUUCAACAUUGUGGCUAGCUCAGAAGAACUUCAACUCACUCUCUAUCUCAUUAAUCGAAGGUGCAUCUUGCUGUUCACAUUCUCCACAGUAAUGAUUUUCUCCCUAUCUGCUACCAAUUGUCUAUGAGUUCGUCCCUAAAUGGUUUGGGUGGUGAGCAAGGAGUAUGGAUCUCCAGUCCCAUGGCCAGUUUGUCUUCCCCGCUAGCCAUCUCCAAAG